AUGUCCAAAUCAAACAUCAUGGACCCGGAUGACUUGGAUAUUGAAUCCGAUAAGCAACGAGCUCGAGACCUUGCCGAGGAGCUGCGAGCGUUGAACCAACAAACAUUUCAAAGAGAAAGGAACAAUCACCUCACGCACAAGGAGUGCAAACCAAAUGCGAUCAUCAAGCCUGAGGUUCGAAAUUUAAUCCGAGAAAAUGUCGUUGGAAAUGCAAUGAAGAUUUCUGAUGCCAUGCAGGCAUAUAAGGUCUCCCAACGUCAGAUCCAGCGUAUCAAGGCUGAAGAUCCCAACCUUGUCAAGACGCAUAAAAAACACCCAUCGAAAUUCACAGGUGAGAUGAAGACUGAGCUGCUUUUUGAGCUUGACACAAAAUCGACCACAACCUUGGCCAAAAUGGAGAAAUUCCUCAACGAACGAUUUAGCCUUAAGGUUUCGACUCAGGCAAUUAGUAACCUGAUCCAUGAUAUGGAUAUAUCAUGGAAACAGGUUACUAAUAUCCCUGCUUCCUGGAAUAAGCCGGGCUUGAUUGAGCAGCAGGCAAACUUUGAUUUGAUCUUCACUCUGGCUGAGCGCAUGGAUACUCUCCCUCUGGGUCAACCUGCGGUCCUGAGCCUUGUGCCCAAGGCCAAGCAGGUGACUUUGAUAGGGGCCCUCUCAGAAGAAGGCUUUGUUUACCACGAGUUGCUUAACGCCGACAAUACUAAGGCAAAAGGGGUUGGUUCGGAUGAAUUCUGCUUGUUUCUUGGUAGCCUUGGUGCCCGGUUACCUCAGGAAUCGAUCAUCAUCAUGGACAAUGCACCAAUCCAUCAAGGCAACCGCUUCGAGGAGGUGAAAAAAUCACUUGAUGACUCCAAGUCGAUCAAGAUUGAAUUUCUCCCUCCAUACUCACCCUUCCUCAAUCCAAUUGAGUACAGCUUCCACUCAAUCAAAUCCUACGUCCGAUCAAAGGAGCCGCCCAAUCAAGCAACAUUAGUAACAGAAAUCAAAAAAGGGAUCGACAAAGUGAUUACCCCGGAAAAGUCUCAAAAUUUCUUUUCUCAUUGUCAGCGACUUUAUUGUCCCUGUGCUGAGUUCCAAGAGAUCACUGGCCCAGUCUUGUCUGCACCUUCUGAAUAG